CUCGGAGCUUGGUGCGUGUGGAACGUGUGGAUUUACGCUCUGGAUUUACCCCAUUUUUUUAUUCGACUGUCAGAGCCUUUACAUGGGCGCGCCUCCACGCCAGCAGCAUGGGACGUCGCUGAGCGCGGGACCUGAUCGCCGAGACAGCACAAUUGAGGCGGGACCGAGAGCGGGGCGGGUGGGCGUGGGUUCGGGCGAGGGCGUCGUAGGAGUAGACCAAGGGCGUGGCGAGAGAUCCUUCCGCCCGUCGUGAUGAGUCCCCUCCGGCGGGUGAAGCUGACGGAGCUGAACGCCCACCUGGUGUGCGUCCUGUGCUCCGGCUACUUCGUCGACGCCACCACCAUCAUCGAGUGCCUCCACACCUUCUGCAAGACGUGCAUCGUGCGCUACCUGCACACGUCCUCCUUCUGCCCCAUCUGCGAUGUGCAGGUACACAAGACAAAGCCCCUGCUGUCCCUCCGUGAGGACCGGACGCUGCAGGACGUGGUGUUCAAGCUGGUGCCGGGGCUGUUCCACUCGGAGACGCGUCGGCGGCACCACUUCUACAAGGAGCAUCCUGAGGCCGGCGGCGACCGGACAGAGCAGAGCCUUCGGGAGCGACGUCACUUCUUCCACGUGGACGACCAGAUCUCGCUGUCGCUGGAGUACCUCCCUUCGCCGCCCCUGUCCUCCUCCGCCACCCACGCCCAGGUUCAGGCCCACGUGCAGGCGCUGAAACCCCCCCUCAAACUCAGCAAUGGACAGCACCUCAAGCCCGUCGCCAAGCAGGAAGCAGGAGGAGGAGGAGGAACAGGAGGAGGAGGAGGAGGAGGGAGCGUGGAACAGCAGGAGGAGGAGAAGAGCCAGGUCGUGGCGGUGGUGGAGGAGAAGGAAUUGGUGAAGGAAGAGUUGGUCAAGAAGGAGGAGGAAGAAACGGACGAUAAAGAAGGUGUUAAUGGGAAGGCGAUGCACAAGCGGUACCUGCGAUGCCCGGCGGCGGUGCAGGUGUCGCACUUGGAGAAGUUCAUCCGCCUCAAGUACAGCCUUCUGCCGGCCACGCACAGGGUCGACAUCAUGCACGGCGAGGACUGCCUGAUGGGCGAGCUGACGCUGCUCGACGUGGUGUACAUGUACAAGUGGACGGAGGACGCGCCGCUGCGGCUCCUCUACACGGUCACGGCCAUCCCGCAGUCCCGCAAGCGGCCCAGGAUCAAUGGCACGCGGGCCAUCACCGCCGCCGACUCGGAGGCGCCGCUGCCGAAGCUUCCCCGGAUGCAGACGCCGCAGGAGGUGAGCCAGACGCCCCCCGCCGGCUCCUCCGUCGUGCAGGUGCCCGCGAAGCCGCCCUGCGUCCAGGAGCAGGGCGGCGACGAGCCCAUGGAGACCGAGGCGGACGCGAAGGAGGUACCGAAGGCGGAGCCCGAGAAGAAGGCGGUCGCGCCGCCGAGCUGCGUGCCCGCGAGCGCGAGCGCCGCGACGCAGCCACAGGCGACGAGCACCGCCGCCACGUCCUCCGCCGCCAAGCCGCAGGCCGCCCACGUGGUCGGCGCCAGCCUCACGUCGGCCCCCGUGGCGUCGCGGGGCCGCCCGGCCGUCACCACCACCACGCCGGCCACCACCACUCCCAGGGUGGCCCUGCCAAACCCCCCGAAGGCCCUGCACGCCGCGCCCAGUGCCUCGCCUGGCGCCACCCCCGCGCCCGCGGUCGCCGCCGCCGCGCUGUGCCCCACGACCGCCGCCUCCCCCGGCGCCGUGGCCCCCGUGCCCGGGCGAACGCAGGCCGCGCGCCCCCUCGUCAACGGCAUCGCCGACGGCGCCCCCAAGCCCCAGGUGGCGGUGGCUCAGCCCAACAAGGUGCCGCAGCCCAUCAUCCCGACGCGACCGCGGCUCGGGCGGCCGCCCAACGCCUCUCGCAUCGCGGCGGUCAACAUGAAGCCGCCCGGCCCGAGGCUGGGCGACGCGCGGCACCCCCGCCCCCCAGCGCCCAGCACCAAGAUGAUGCCGCAGCCGCAGGCGGGCGCCGGCAGGGGCAGCCCCACCGUGUCCGCCAGCCUCAGCGUCCAGAACCGCCUGAUCAGCAUCAGCGGCCCGCCCGUGCGGCCCAACUCCGCCAAGGUGUCCGUCAAGCGCCCCGGCGACGGCAGGGCGAGCGAGGGCGGCGUGGCCCCGCAGGAGGGCCCGGCGGCCUCCCCCACCGCCCCCGCCGCCCCUGCCGCCGGCACGACGGCACAGAGCUUCCCUCCGGCGGCUACACAGAGACUGCCCGGCAGUGGCAUGGCGCCCCAGCGGCCUCAAGGUGCUCCUGGCGGCCCUCGUCCCGGAGGCCCCCCCGCCGCCUCCUCCGUGCAGCGCCCGGGGGCGCCCGGCGCCCCGCGUCCCGCGCUGGCCGGCGUGCCGCGGCCCCCGACGGCCUCCGCCCCGCGCACAGCCGCUCCUGUGACGCAGCGGCCUACGGGGCCGGCCGCCCUUCGCCCAGGCACGCCUGCCGCACAGCGCCCUCCCAGUGCCGCUGGGGUCCCGCGCCCCGGCACCCCCGGAGCUCAGCGGCCCUCGGGCAUGCCGCCUUCCCCCGCAAGCGCAGCCGCGCCAACGCGCCCCGGUGCCCCCGUCGCGCAGCGACCCCCAGCCAGCGGCCCGCGGCCCGCAGGGGCGUCGCCCGCACAGCGCCAUCAGGAGCACGUGGCCUCACCCGGGGCGCAGCGGCCGCAGGGUGUUUCCCCGGGCAUGGCUUCCAUGCAGCGCCCUGGCUCCGCCGCGGUGCGCCCCUCCGGCACGCCCGUGUCCAGCAAGACGCCCAAUGGCACCGUCCAACCGCGCCCGCCGCCCCCAUCGGCGGGCGCGCAGACGCAGCGCUCGCACGUGGCGCAGGGCGCGGCCAGACUCGCGGACGGCAGCGGCUCCCAGCGCCCGCCAGCCCCUGCGGCCUCCCCGCGUCCCGCCACGCCCAAGACGCCCUCGCACGACGGCUCGGCGCCCUCCCCGCAGCCGCCCGCCACGCCGCCGGCCUCCCGCUCCACGCCCUCACCCAGGACGCUGCCCGGCGGCGCAAUGUCGUUCGCCAGCGUCAACGCGUCGCCCGCGACCUCCGCUUGCGCGGCUCAGCUGCAGGCUAAGGCCGGCCCGCCCACCUCCGUCGGCAGCGGCAGCAAGCAGGGCAUGGGCCGCCCCUCUGUCUCCAACGCGCAGGCCCGCACCCCGCAGCCCGCCGCGCACCCCAGUGCCAAAACCCCGCCCAACAAGACACCACAACAGUCCCCAGCGGGCGUGAAAGGCUCGCCCAAGUCACCUGGGCGGGGGCGCGGGGGCGGCGCGGGGUCGCCCAUCCUGAGAAUCGCCCAAAACUUGGCCAGCCGGCAGCAGCAGCAGCAGCAGCAGCAGCAGCAGCAGCAGCAGCAGCAACAACAACAACAACAACAACAACAACAACAACAACAACAACAACAACAACAACAACAACAACAACAACAACAACAACAACAACAGCAACAGCAACAGCAACAGCAACAGCAACAGCAACAACAGCAACAGCAGCAGAUGCAGCAGAUGCAGCAGCGCACCUCGACGCCCACCACGCCCACCAGCACCAUGCUCACCCCCGUCAGCACCGUGGGCGUCGCGAGCAGCCAGGUCAGCAGCCCGCAGGCGUACGGCGCGGCGGCGGCGCCCGGCGGCAGCAUGUACCCCGGCAGCGUCGGUGGCGGCUUCAUGUCCCCGGCGCUGGCGGCGGCGGCGUACAUGGCGUCGGCGUACGGCGACCCGUCGACGCUGAACGACGUGGCGGCCAUGACCAACCUGAUCACGCUGAGCCAGGCGGCGGCGCGCAUCCGCGAGUACAACCUGGCCAACAUGGUGUCGGACACGCUGCCGCGGCCGCUGGAGCCCACGCCCAUCGACCUGUCGCCCACGUCGAAGGCGGCGCCGCAGACCCCGCUCACCAACGGCCGCGCCCACAAGACCACUGCCCACUCCGGCUCGGGGGCCAAGAGCACGUCGCUCGUCACCAAGUCGCCCUCGUCCAAGACCAGCCGCGUCAGCGCCGUCGCCAGCCCCGCCACGCCCACGAUCUCGUCGCCCACGCCCGAGGUCACCAUCACCAAGCUCCCCAGCACGUCCGGCGGUGCCACCAGCAGCAGCUCGUCCACGCCCGCGUCCGCCGCGCCGGGGAAGGGCGUCUCCGUGCCCGGCCUGGUCAAGUUGGGCGGCGGCAACACCAACACCGUGUCCAUCACCAAGCGGCCGGCCUCCAGCAGCCGCAUCGUGGCCAAGUCCCCCGCCAACGCCUCCGUCAGGCAGAUUCCGAACCCGUCCUUCGUGCGCCACCAGUCCGAGGCGAGGAACAACAACAACCUCCCCAAGACGGCCUCCGCCGCCGCCGCCGCCACCUCCUCGGCCUCCUUCGUCAAGGCCGGAAUCAACUCGUCCAAGGCGUACGCGAUGGGCAAGCAGGGCGGCCCGGGGGCGGGCAAGCAGGGCGGCCACGGGACGGGCAACUCGCCCCUGAAGGACAUGGGUCCCCUGCCGGACACGUCGUCGUCCAUCCUGAAGAUGGAGCACCUGACGCGGUCGCUGCCCGCCUCCGCCGCCCCCUCGGCCAGGCUCUUCGACUCGAGAUAGGGAAGGGCGGCGCUAGAGUCUCUCAGAAGGCGCGAGGAGGAAUAGCGAGCGAUAACCGGUGGACGAAGAGAGGGGAUGGGAAGGGGGCGAGGAAACUGCGCGUGUGUGGCCAGUGCCAGCUCCGCCCGUGCCCUUGGGC